CUUUGGUACGCGUUAUCACUCUGCUGUGUGUGAGUGGAUCAUCGCAUGUACACUGAGAGCGUCCUCACACACGGAGGAGACGUGUUUGAGCAUAGAGUAGCCUCAUUCUGGCACAUAAUAUCAUGCAGGCUGCAUUUAUUUAGACCUGAAACAGCUUCUGUAACCACCUGAUUGAGAUGAAUACUCUGUGUACACACAGUCACGUCAUUUUGACAAAUAGUUUCUUUUGGAUAAAUUCGACAGGGAACAGUUUGACAGCAAUAUCAGCUCUCCAAAAAGAAUUAAUAAGAUGAAUCCGUCCAGCGUUUCCAUGCAACAGCGCAGGAGGCUGUGAAGCCACGGAGCACUGUGAGCGACGGCACUGUAGAUCUGGUUGGGGUCUCUGAAGGAAUCCUGUGCGCCUUUUUAAAGCCAAUGGAGCAUCAAGAUGAUGGGCAUGUUGGGAGCUUAAAGCAGCACGAUAGUGCAGAGGAGCCCGGUUCUCCUCCCCUUGCUUGUGAGCACUUAGGCUGCCCGCAGCAGGAGACCGCUAUGAUGAGGAGGAGUGACAACUACCUGCCAGUCCCUGGCGAAGAGAAGAGCCUGGAUGUGGACUUUGUCAACACCAAGGCCAGGAACGAGUCCAUACCAAUGAAAAACCUUUAUGCUGAUGAUGGCUCGCCCUUGUAUUCACGGCUAGGCCCGUAUUUCUCGGAUGGGCGGCGUCGGGUUGACUAUGUGCUGGCAUACCACAUCCAGAAACCCAGCAGCACACGGCGCCGGUCGUCCAAGUUUGGUGAAAACAACUUUAUCCGACGGCUUCGGCGCAGCCUGAGCAUGAGAAGCAGUCGAGCCCCGCUGCAGCCAAAAGAAGACCCAGAGAUCGCUGCCCAGAAGCAGCGGACUGACUAUCACGAGGAUGACAAGCGCUUCAGGCGGGAGGAGUUUGAGGAAAACCUCCUGGAGACAGGGCUGGAGCUGGAAAAGGAUGAAGGGAGUAAGAUCCCUGGAAUCGGUUUCUUGAAGAUCCAUGCUCCUUGGAAUGUUCUAUGUCGAGAGGCUGAGUUUAUGAAGCUCAAGAUGCCAACAAAAAAGGUUUACGAUGUCAAACAAGGCAGUAAUCUGGUGGAGAAGAUCCGACUGUUCAUUCACAAAGUCACAGCUCCUCUCCAUCCCAAAGUAGACGCCAACCGGCCACAAAGCGUCAAAUCCCUCUCUCACCCUUUCUCCAGAGAGAAGCAGCAUCUAUUCGAUCUUUCUGACAGGGACAAGUUCUUUGACAGCAAGACCAGGAGCUCAAUAGUUUAUGAGGUACUAAAGAGGACGAGAUGCACCAGAGCCAAAUACUCCAUGGGGAUCACCAGUCUACUAGCUAAUGGUGUCUAUACAUCUGCUUAUCCUCUGCAUGAUGGAGAUAUCGAAGGGGUGAAUGCAGAACCUAAUGACAGGAAGCUUCUGUAUGAGGAGUGGGCCAGCUACAGCGUCUUUUACAAGUACCAGCCUAUUGGACUCAUCAGGAAGUAUUUCGGGGAGAAGGUUGGACUGUAUUUUGCCUGGUUAGGAGUCUACACACAGAUGCUAAUCCCUGCAGCCAUCGUUGGAGUCAUUGUAUUCCUCUACGGCUGUGCCACUGUGGAUGACAACAUUCCAAGUAUGGAGAUUUGUGAUCCCAGGAACAACAUUACCAUGUGUCCACUGUGCGACCGCGCCUGCAGCUACUGGAAGCUGGUGACAGCAUGUGGUACAGCUCGAGCCAGCCACCUGUUCGACAACCCAGCCACCGUCUUCUUCUCCAUCUUUAUGGCCCUUUGGGCGGUUCUCUUCAUGGAACACUGGAAGAGACGGCAGAUGCGGUUAAACUACGUCUGGGACCUGACAGGAUUCGGAGAGGAGGAGGAGGAGGAACAUAAGGACCACAACCGAGCCGAGUACGAGUUCCGGGUCAUGCAAAAGACAAUGAGACAGGAACAUUCAACACCGAAGGGUGAGAAGGUGAAGCUGACAUGCACAGACAGAAUGCCAGCUUACCUAACUACUGUGGUCAUGAUGGGCUUUAUGAUCACUGUGACAUUCGCCAUAGUCUUUGGGGUCAUCCUUUACCGGAUUAGCAUAAGAGCGGCGCUGCACAUGAGCACUUACCCUGCAGCACGGUCCAAUAUCCGAGCCACGGUCAAAACUACUGCAGCCAUCAUCAACCUCAUAAUCAUUAUCGUCUUAGAUGAAAUCUACGCUGCCAUCGCCCGCUGGCUCACCACACUGGAGGUUCCAAAGACAGACAAGAGCUUUGAAGAGCGCCUCAUCUUCAAAACUUUUAUCUUGAAGUUUGUCAAUGCCUUCACACCCAUUGUCUAUUUGGCCUUUUUCAGGGGCAGGCUUGUUGGGCGGCCUGGAAACUACCUGUAUGUUGUUGGAUCGUACAGAAUGGAAGAGUGUGCCCAUGCAGGCUGCCUCAUGGAGCUGUGCAUCCAGUUGUGUAUCACCAUGCUUGGCAAGCAGCUCAUCCAGAACAACUUGUUCGAGAUUGGCAUACCGAAGCUGAAGAAACUGCUCCGAAGGAGGAAGUCAGAUUUGGACUCAAAGCAAGAGGAGGAGCUGAACAAAACCCUGCAGCGCCACGAGAAAGACCACAUCCUGGGUCCUUUUGUUGGCCUCAGCCCGGAGUACAUGGAGAUGAUCAUCCAGUUUGGGAUGGUGACACUUUUCGUCGCCUCCUUCCCUCUGGCUCCACUCUUCGCUCUUCUGAACAACAUCAUUGAAAUUCGCCUGGAUGCCAAGAAGUUUGUUAUGGAGCUGCGCAGGCCGAUUGCAGCCAAAGCCAAGGACAUUGGUAUCUGGUACAACCUGUUGAGAGGCCUCAGCAAGGUAGCAGUCAUUGUUAAUGCCUUUGUGAUUUCCUUCACCUCUGACUUCAUCCCACGCCUGGUCUACCAGUACAUGUACAGCCCCGAUGGCACCAUGCAUGGCUUUGUCAAUCACACUCUGUCUUACUUCAACGUCACUGACUUCCAGAAAGGCACAGACCCUCUCCAGCCGAUGCACCUGGGCUACAAGGUAGACAUGUGCAGAUAUAAGGACUACAGGGAGCCUCCAUGGUCCAGCACACCGUAUGAACUCUCUAAGGAGUUCUGGGCCGUUCUGGCCGCACGUCUUGCUUUUGUCAUUGUUUUUCAGAAUGUGGUGAUGCUGAUGAGUGACUUUGUGGACUGGCUGAUCCCAGACAUCCCCAAGGACAUCAGCCUGCAGAUGCACAAGGAGAAGAUCCUGAUGGUGGAGCUCUUUAUGAAGGAGGAGCAGGGCAAAAGGCUUGCAGCACGGGACAACCAAAACUGGGACAACUGCACCUCCCUGUCGUCAGCCAAUAAGAGUCCACCACAGCCCCGCUCACGACCCAUCUCGCAAGCAAACUGCAGUUAGACUGCUAGCUGCCGGUGUCUGGGAAAACAAGCAAGAACAGCAACAAGCAAACACUACACCUGUAUACAAACUGUAAAUAAGUUAAUCAGCUGCUUUAAGCUAGCUGGUAAAGGUUAAGUUAUCCAUUUACACAUAAUCUGUUUUAAUAAUCAGCAAAGCUUUUGCUGCGUUAUAUAUUUGCAGCAAUAACAUGAGAGUUCAAACCUUAGCUCUGAUGCGUUCACAUUAGAAUUCCUUCACAUUCGAAACUCGCUGUUUGCCACUUUCUCACACUUUCCCAAUGUUAAGAUGUUACUUUUACAGCAAGCCAGACAUUGCGUGGUCAGCCAUUAACCAAAAAUCCAACAGUAGUUAGACAAUACUCACAAGAUUUAUGAUCCCAAAACAUUAUAUAUUGGAUGUAUUUGAAAGGAACAAGCCAUUAGCUUUAUUUGACUCUGGGAAACUUUGUUGUUGAGAUGAGAUCAUCAUACAGGACUCCUGAGAAAGCAGUGCCAAACCUAAUGUGAAUCACAUUUCCAAGCCGUAAGCUCAUAUCUGUCACCUCUACCACGGUGCUUGAAUGCAAUUUUUGUAUAGAACACAGCCUCCGUCAAUCCGUCCAAGUCAUCCUGCUGAGAAGACUGCCCUCCUGGUAUCUGAGAUACAAAACACUAGGAGAUAUUCCCUCCUGCCAUCAGUGUGUAAAGCUCUGAUAGGCCUUUUUUUUUUUUUUGCACAAUUAUAUUCAAAUGCAGGAAUUUAUUCAUGUACUUUUUUGAAUAUGCAGCAUGGUCAGGGACACGUACUUUGAUUGUUUGGGUGAACAGCAAGGUUUUUGGAAGACCUUCUGUGUCAAGCGGCCUGUUGAUUUUUACUAUUCUCUUGUAUAAGUAUACUAUUUAUAAUAUAAAGUGCUGCAGGGAUAAUUUAUUUUUGUAGUCCAACCCAGAAGUUAGCACCUGGUUCCUUUGACAAAGAGAAUAAGCUCUGUAGCGAGUAAAGGUUUAUGAUAUAUAUAUUUUUUUUAAGCAUAAAUGCGAUCGCCAGAAGUAAAAAGCCACCACCACUAAACUUCCAACUUGUAAUUAAAUCUUGCAAUAAAAAUGUGGGUGGGAAGAGUUUGCAAGAGCACAAGUUUUUACACAAGUCUGUAAAGGUGGACUAGUAAGUCUCAUUUAGCCACUUGUUAGCAUCUGCCUUUUUUAAGACACUUAAAAGCUUAAAAAUUCAAAGGUUAGCAUACUUUAUGCUGUAGAAGAAAGCAUGACAUCUUCUAACCACAAACCUUAUUUCAGGCAUUUAACCAAAAACCCAUUGACUUUGAGAUGAGGGAACCAGUGAAGUGCUAAAAUGUUAACUAAUUCCUGGGUUUUAGGACACAUUCCUUCUGCACUCUAUCGCUCGUGUUACAUAAUUUGUUACAUUCUUAGUAUGAAUAAUCAGAACUCAGUGCCAUUAUUCCUGGAAGCACAAGUCACAUUUUUAUUCAUUCCAAUCAACUGGAAUUCUUGAAGAUGAACAUUUACAGAGUAAACACAGAAUUAUGUCAUGCUCCAUCUCACCUCACUGAGCUCGAAACACAGCAUGGAUCCAUUGUCACCAUAUGGAGCCAUUAGUGUAAACUUGUUAGCAAGCAGUUGUUUAUACAUCCAACACAGAGAAACCUUAGCAUUCAUUAUGUUUCUAGGUUAAUUGCUAACUUCUCUCUGCUGUUUGGUGCUGAGCAGAAAAUGUACAGUUGGUUUUAUCUGAGAAAACAUCUGCCAGCUGCAAGACACCAAAAAACUUUGUAGAGCUGAGGGCAUCUGCAGAGAUGUUGAUAAUUCUCUGUUGGUUCGUUGAGCAGCAACUUUUACCUUACACAUAAUGACGUGACCCAUAGUUAAAGCACGCCUCCAGCCUUUAAAAAGAAAACUUUGGAAUGUGGAAAUUAAACUUUUUUUGCAGAAAAGACGCAUAUAAUUGUGUGAUUUGUGUAUAUAUUAGCUGCUAUAAUCAGCAAGAUUAAUGAAUGCUAAUGUUGCUCUGUGUCUGCUGGACGAGUAUAUAUAUAUAUGCAGAUGCUUGUUAACACGUUCACCAUAUCAACUGAAAAGGUGUCAGUGUUGUGUUUUCAUUUUGGGUCUGCGGCCCCCCCAGUGGCCACAAAAUCAAUCAACAAACUUGGGGCAUGGUGGAGUUUACUGAGGCACCUUACAGAGUUGGUUCAGACCACAUUCCUGUAACUACUGACACAAUUCUUCACCAUUCACCUUUAAACCAACAAUGGGAAAUUUUGGCUCAUGCUGCUUCAAGUAAAUUAUUUUUGUUUCUCUGAUUAAAUCCAUUCACACCUUUACAUAGCGUUAAGUUGCUCAGCUUUAUUUAUUAGGUUUUGCUGAGUGAACUCAAUUUCCCCAUACUGCAGCAGCUAAUAAUACUUUGGUAAUACAACCUAGCUAGGCAGCAUAGAGAUUAGCAACUGUAAAUUAUAAAAAAAAAUGUCAAUUUCAAAUGUAUUUUUAUUCGUCAUACAGAUUUACAGGUUGUACUCAUGUUAAAGUUGCAUGUAGUGGUAUGAGUACGUACCAAUCAAAUGGAAUUUAGGAAUCUUCAAUCGUGUGACAUUUUUUUACUAAAGUAGGAAUUUUCCAUGUCUCUGGAAAGCAGUGCCAGUGUCUUGCUCUUACCCUGUCUUAUAUUGUCCCAGCUGGUCCAGUGAUUCUUCUCUAAACUAUCACAUUUGAGAUUUCCAGUCAGCAUAGGAAGGGAUACAUUGUCAUACCAGGAAAGGCAGCACUGUUUUAAUAUUAUUAUCUUGCCUUAUACUAACCGUAUGAAUCAUUUAAGCUGCGACGUUUUAACUCUUAAAGCACAAAGACUGAAUAAUAUUUUGUUUUGUAUCUAUCAAACUGCAAAAAUAUAUGUGGGAGUGACUGCAUAUUACUUUGAAGAACGUAAAUGUACUGUAGACUGAAAUGUCCAUUCACAUGUACAGUCUACAUUCGUCGAUGUGUCAGGUCCUGCACCCUGCUGUAAAUAUAUUAAACUGCCCCAAAUCUAAGCCAUCAACCCAGACUAAUAGAAUGUAUUAUUACAUUUUUCAUUUUCAGUGAUUUGUAAUCACUUUUAGGUCAAAAUGUUGUAUAUCUGUUUGUUUGUUUUUAUGACAAUGCAUUUCUAAGUGUAUCUAAUGUGUUUUGUCAGCCCGCAGGGGACUACUGAUCUAUCAACUAGACACUUUCACAAUGACAGAGAUAUACUUUAUCUUAUUGUCCUAAUUUAAUUAAUUGUUUAAUGUACUAGAAACAAUAAACAUUAACCUAUUUGGCUGUAUCUUGUAUCCUGGGAAUACAUUCCAAUACAGCGUACAAAAACAUUUGAUCAUAAAAGACGUUUCUGGGAUAUGACGUUGCAUAUUUUUUUCAAACCUUAAUACUAUGUAUGUAAGUAGGGUUAGCAUUGAUAUUAGUGAUAGAUGAUGUGCUGCCACAAGGCUGCAGAGCCUGUUUUAGCUAGAAUUUUUUUUUUUCCUUUUAUAACCCGAUGUCACAUGUGAAGAUUCUCCAUCUAUGUCCCUCAUGAGAUGUCCUCCUCCUGCCUUUGCUAUGUUGUAUUUACAGCAUCAAUACACACUACAAGUUGUGACAUGCCAAUAUCUAUUAUAAUGUAUGUCAAAGCACAUAACACAAUGUGUGAGUGUAUAUGCAUGUAUGACCGAUUUGUCUGUCUGUAAUAUUUGGAGUCUUAUUUUUGUUUGAAUUAACUGCAAAUAAAUGAGAGCUGAACUGCC